AUGUCGAAUGCUAGAGGCCUGGUCAAAGAAGGAGUUGCGAAGUUCAACGGCCCAUUUCGCAUUAUCACCACUCUGGGCUCUCGAGUAAUCCUCCCAGCAUCUUACACAGAAUGGCUGAAGGGCUGUCUGGAUUUAGAUCAUCAAGCCCUUGUUCAUGACGAAUACUUCGCAGCGUACCCUGGAAUGGAAGGACAGAGUGUUGUCACGGAUCCUAGAAAAAUCCUUAUCAAUGUCACCAAGACAAAAUUGAAUCACAAUGACACUCGAGAAAUCUGGAAGGAUGGUGAUGACUGGCAUACCGUUGAUUGGGCGAAAGACGGAAUCCGCUUUGUUGGGCGAAUGUCGGCAUCUAUCUUUGUCGGCCCUGAUCUGGCUCAAAACCCUAAAUGGCAGGAGCUGAUACUUACUUCUACAAUGAACACAUUCAUGGGAGUUAGAUCACUCCGCGCCUGGCCCGCUUUCCUCCGUCCGGUUGUUCAUUGGUUCUUACCAGAACUCAGAACAUGCCGUGAGCAGCUACGUCUCGCUCGUCUUAUGCUACAACCGAUUUUUGACCGCAGGGGUUCUGAUAAAACAGAGAAGUCCACCAAUACUAUCCAAUGGCUAGAGGAGGUAGCCGCAGGACGCCCCUACGAUGCUGCUGCGGCACAAAUCGCAUUUGCGAUUAGUGCAAUGCACACAACUUCGGAGUUGCUUAAGCAAGCAUUGUUGGAUAUUUGUGUGGAUCCAGAAUUGGUUUCGGCCAUCAGAGAUGAAAUCAAUAAGGCCGUUGAGGAGAGUGGAUGGUCAGCUGCUGGUGUUUUUAAGAUGCAACUUUUAGACAGCGCAGUGAAGGAGACUUUGAGGCUAAAGCCUGGAUCACUAGUGAAUCUUGAGCGGAAAGCUUUACGGUAUGUUGUCCUUCCAAAUGGCAUGACGAUUUCCCGUGGAACUAAUGUUGCUGUUGAUUCAUCUAUGAUGUGGGAUCCCGCUGUUUAUACCAAUCCGUCCUCAUAUGAUGCCUACCGUUUCCUUCGUCAACGUCAAACUGGAAACACAGGAGCAGCCUUAGCUUCUUCUACCCCGGAGCAUAUCGCCUUCGGGAUUGGCAAGCCAGUCUGCCCCGGGAGAUUCUUUGCUAGCAAUGAAGUCAAGAUUGCUCUGGCUAAGAUUCUAUUGACUUACGAUGUCAGAAUUCCGGAAGGUUUCACGCCAAAGAUGGUGGAACUGGGCUUUGAAAUGAUCUGUGACCCAACUGCGAAGGUGGAGAUCAGGAAACGGCCUGCCCUGUAA